AUGAAGGCAACAUUCCACCUGGCACCCCGGUUCACCAUCAAGCCGCCCCCCGACGGCCCGCUGCACCUGGGCACCAUCGUCGACAACCUAACCGACAUGGAGCCGGUGAACGAGACCUGCCGUCUGCCUCUCCCCGGCAAGGUCUACGAGCACCGCGCCAGCGGGUUCACCGCGACGCGCUCGCAGCUCGCGAGCGGCCGGUACGGCGUGUGGGCCAGGUUCGUCGGCGUCGAGGGCGUCGGCGGCGAGGUCUCGGCCACGGCGGAGCGCAGCACCGCACACACGUUCCGCUUCGAGCACCUGGAUGAGAUCACGUUCACGGCUACCGAUGCGUACAUGGUCGAGAGCAUGAAUGUGCGGGACGUGCGGCUGUUUGUCGAGGGCGGCGGGUUUGAGCCCGUCUACAUGGUCACGGGGCUCAAGAUCGCGCGUGGCCCGGCGGUGUCGAUGAGUGAGGGGCGGAGCAGAGGUGUUGCGGUUGAGCUGGGGUUAAGCCAGUCGGGGGGUAUCGAGGGGCUGGAGGUUGGGCCGCGGUUUGAGCGGGCGGGUGACGAGGCUUGCUCGGUGGAGUGGGAGAAGUCGGAUGACUUUGUGGUUGGGAUUCGCGUCAAGAGACUGCGCUUCAAGAGGGGAUUUUUCUGGAGGAAGCCGGGUGCUGUGGUUGGCGAGCACUUCCGUCGUGGGGCAACGCUUGUGGAUAAUGAUGAUACUGUUGCUGCUCCCAAGGGGCUAGAUGAGGUAGAGGCUGAUGACGAGAUCGGCGAUGACGACGAGGACAUGGAGGACAGGGUGCGGGUUGUGGACGGUGAAGAGACUUGGGUGGUACCUCAGAGCUGA